CCCACCCGCUGCGCCACAUUCCCCAAAGUGUGGCUGGAAAGCAAUUUAGUACGCCGCUCGGUCGCGUCCAAGCACCUGCAAAGGCGCGACAUCACAGAAGCUCCUCAUCCAUCACCGCAACUCUUCCCUCCACCCCACCCCCAAACAAGCCAAACUCCAAGCAGAAAAGAAACCAUGUCCUCCUUCCUCCGCACCGUCUCCCGCACCUCCGCUGUCGCCCGGCCCGGCGCCGCCCGCGCGUUCAGCAGCACUCCCGCCCGGCCCUUUGCGCGCAUCACCAUCGUCGGCCACCUCGCCGACACGCCGGAGGUGGUGCCGACGAGCACGGGCCGCGAGAUUGUGCGCUACGCCGUCGCCAGCAACAGCGGGCCGCGCGACAACCGCACCACCAGCUGGUUCCGCGUCACGAGCUUCGAGGCCGAGGGCCCCAGGCGGGACUUCUUGCAGAGCGUGCCCAAGGGGUCGAUGGUUUACGUGGAGGGCGAUGCCACCAUAAGCACCUAUGAGGACGCCGAGGGCCAGAAGAAGACAUCCCUGAACAUUGUGCAGCGGAGCAUCGAGGUCCUGAAGCGGCCCCUUACGGCCGACUCGGGUGCGGAAACCGGAGCGGCUAGAGGCGGACAGUAAAGGGUUGUUGAGCUACUGUUGACGCUGCACCGAGCAUCGUCGAACGCAGUUGUGGAGUCGAAACCUCUGACUUGUUUUGCUCGGUUACAUGGGAACUCGCCGCUCAAUGGCCCCUCUCCUUUGUCUUGUGUGAUUCGGCGGGUGGGUGACUGGAGUGGUUGUACGGAUCUCAAGUGUUUUCGGCUCCUAUUUGUAAUGCCAUCCAUACCCUAUCGCAGAUAUUCCCAAUGUAAGAUUAUUUUAGAGUGCCACACCUGCUCUGGCUCGACACCAAGCGCUCCUAGACGAGGUUACAGGAAUCCAUACAGCCGAAGCCUGCAGCAACACCGCCUUCUUCGCUCUGGUCGCCCUUGGUACGCAGAAGAUACCCAGCAUCCUCAUUAUGAAGAAUCUCCCCGGUUUCCUGGUUCCAGACGCAAGUCCCG